AUGAAUGAGCUUGAAGUUGCCGAGAAAGACCCCGCGGGUUCAACGCUGGCGCCAGCUGCGAAGCCCGCGGAACCGGCCAAGGAGGACUCGGAGGAGGUGGCACUGGAUCUGGUAGCAGAACCGUCGAUUGAAGUAGCUCCCCUGGUUCCGAAGCCUCGACCUUCGGAACCUGUCCAAGACCCGGUAAAAGUGUCACCUCAACUCACCCUCGACAUUAAUCUUGGCAUUCCCGAUGUGGCUCCCCUGCAGUGGCCUUCGGGGCUGGAUUCACUGUCUCCAAUUCAUCGAACGUCUCCCCCGUUGCCGCUGCCGAAACGGAGCUUGCGAGCUAAACCCGCUCCGCCGCGUCCCAAGAGCGUUCACAGUAUCAUCACUAGCGAUGGCUCUCUUACACCAUUGGGCUCAGAGUGCGGGGAGUGCGAUGACUGUACUUCCCCUGUUCGGAAUGUUUCAGAUGCUUCAACAGUCAAGCCUUUACGGUUCACAAAGGUGAGCAAACCGCAGAUGAUUGACGUACCCAAAUCGGCAAACUCGGCGUCCAAAAUCGAGCUACAGCCGGUAGGCGCGCCUGAAGAUUGGUUCAAUCCGGAGGUCUCUGCCAAAGGGACUAGCUUGAAACGAAAAUACACCAAGCAUGCAGAUUUGAUCUCAAUCCUUUCGGCUCCCAAGACCAAGAGUGUCCGCUCAGAGGAACGAAGCCGGCGCAGUAAGGGUCGAAAGCACGUUGAUACCAUGACGUUUGAUGAUCUUCUUCAGGAAUUUGCGGAGGAAGAGGUGAAGUAUAUGCGCGAGCUCCGUGCUCUGGUCGAGGAUGUAGUUCCUAUAUUAUUCCAGACGGUAUUAGUCCGCGCAGACAACGACCUCCGCCGGUCAUCCUCUAUCAGUAGUACUGGUACGUCAGCCACCGCUAGCAGCCGCAGUUCUCGGACUGGAUUCUCGUCCAACCCCACGAGGCCGAUUGUGGACAUGGGGAUAUCGCUCGAGAGGUUACGGACACUUCACGACAGGAUUCCAUGCCAUAGCGCAGACCAGCUUCUCGCAUGGGCCGAUGAUGCGCGGAGAGUGUAUGAGGAGUAUCUUUCUGUGUGGCGCAUGGGGUUCCAGGAUGUUGUCGUCAACAUGACUCCCGGCCCCGACGAGGAGGAGUACGAGCGAAAUGCCAAAGACGCAAUCAGAAAAGGCCCCGAAAACGGCAGGGGAGCACAAGGAAAUAUGCGCUUUGAGGGAGAUCCGACAACAGUCGAUGUGGCCUUCCUGCUCAAGCGUCCGCUGGUGCGUCUGAAGCUGUUGGCGAAGCUUUUCAAGCGAAUUGACUACAUCAAUUCAUCUCCGUUGGCCGCGUCACUCUCGACUUCUUUCCACUCUCUCGUCACGAUGGCUCGGAGGAAGAUCUCAGAAGAGAAAGCUCGCAUUGAAGAUGAGGCUGCUGCUUCGCUGGACACUUCGAGAGCCUGCGAUAUCCACACCUUGCAGCCACGACGCGACGUAUGCCUCGACCAGAGUCGUCGUGUCAAGGCCCGUGACAGUUUCGCCAUGCGCCUCUACCACUCCUCCGAAGAGCUAGUCGAACGAACCAUCGAGCUCAUCUUGCGUGAUCCCUCACCCAGAAGCAGGUACUCAGAAGGCGAGAUCCUGUUUGUUGAGUUUGGGGAGGACGCGACCAAGUGGCUGCUUUUCCCUCCAGUUCCCAUGUCAGCUAUCUCGGCUAGGACUGGUGACGCAGCGGGAGAGAUCGUCGUCAUGGUGCGCGGCACAGAUUCUGACUUGCAAGAAUGGAGGGAGGUCAUGGCAUUAGCUUCGUCUACGGCGGCAGGGUUUGAGUGGGUGCAGAUGAUGGGUCUCGUGCCUAUCCCUCCAGAAGGACCAUUCUCAAGGGAGCUCAUACAGCCAGCGUUCCUGGAGACGGUGAUCGAAGAGUCCGUUGUGUCUCGUCUGUACCCGCCAGCGCAACCUCGAAAGCGGCAGACGCGAUACGCUCCGCCUCAGCCCAAGGUUAACGUAUUCGAUUUCCUCGAACCUGAAGCCGAAACCUCCGCGGAGUCAGAGGCUGUUCAAGAGCGCGCGGAGAGCGUGGCAGAAGUUGAUGAAAAUAGUGAACCCGAGCCCGAGCGCGAAGCUCCUCCGGUUAUUGAGUAUCCAGAAUGGUUACCCCCGGAUUUCUCACUGACGCUUCUCCACCGCCCCAGUACGUACCAACUCAUGGGAGGAGAAUUUUUGGUGCCCAACAUCGAGUUUAGGGUGGAGCCACAGAACAAUACUGCUAAAGACGUCGCUCGCUCGCCAUCGUUACACACUUUGUCGGACGUUGGUCGAUCUGACUCUUUUACGCCAAGUACCAAGUCCACCUCAAGCAUCCAGCGCUCGCGUAGGGCUAGCCGACCGCAUUCGAGAAAUAAGUUAAUUAGCGGGAAGAAGGAGAAAGAAACCGCGGAGGAAGCCAGGCAGCACAAUCUGUCUAGGACUCGAUCGGUGCAUCAUCUCGAUGAGGAAGGGAGGUCGUUGUCCCCAACAGCGGGGAGCUCCGCCAACCCCAUGGACAAUAUCCCCAAGCUCUCGCCCAAAAGUGCGACGCCUAGUGCGAGUGAAUCCGAGGGGGAUGCGCCACCUCCCGUGCCUCCGCAUCGUACACCAACAAAUGCUAGCCGUAGCAAGCCCGCGCCGGUAGUCACGUCUCCACGCUCCGGUAAGGGAGGCUAUGGUGGAAGGCGCCGUACUUCGAGUCCACUAAAGCACGAGUACGAUCCUUCUUCUGCAUCCAACUCUGAAGCUGAGCACGCGGAACGUCGCCACUCGGAGGAUACCGAGGAAUAUACUUCGUCUUCGGCAUCCGAAUCCGAAUCCGACGAAUCCGACGAUGCUGUGUCUUUGUGCUCGGAGGAGGAAGAUGGCGAAUAUCCCCCGCCGAUGAUCUCUAUUCCAAGACGCCUCUCGAGGCAGCCGUCUGGACAAGUCUCGGUUCCCCGCCAACGAUCCACUCCUACCACCACCGACGACACAGAAGCAGAUGUUUCAGGAAGCUCUACCCCAAUCGGUAGCAAGUUCAGGGCUUUCCUCUUCACUUGGUCAACCAACCAGUGGCAGAAGAUCUCACCCGACGAAUGCAAGAUUGUGAUCACGCCCGGCCACCUCGAAGCAUUUCAUUUUGCGGGAUCCUCAUCGUCAUCCCAUGGAUCAUCGAUGGGUUCUGGCGGCAUGUCAAAGGAGCCAUCUUUUUUCGCAUGUGACCUGAAUGCAGCCCUUCCGGUCCGACGUGGUACAGCUGUCGACAUUUCGAUUCGCACACCCGGCAAGAAAGGUAUCAAUACUAUGCUUCGGUCACGUUCACCAAAUGAAUGCGAGAUGUUGUUCAACGCAAUCAAUGCCCAUCGUAUCAUGCCGCACGAUUAUCAGCAUCCUCUUACUAGCACGGUCAGCUCCCUGGCACUGUCAUCGGACAUGGGUGCCACUAGCGAUGCCUCGACAACAAUCGUAGGGGGGAGCAUCAAACGUGGAUUCGGAGGCUGGUCGAGGUCCAAAUCAUACCGUGCUGGAGGCGCUUCGAACCCCAGUCUCGUCUCGUCACCGUCCGAGACCAGCAUCUCGUCGGCGUUCUCCCGCUUCCGUCCUGGCAAGGUGUUCAAGAGUUCUCCUCUUGGCUCAGUUGCUUCGAGCUCAUCUUCGAUGGGUGAUAGCUCCCGCGGAGCAACUCCCGUUGGCCUGCCGAAAGUCCCUGGAGUCGAGAAUAGCGUCGUCAUGAUGUCUCCUAUGAAGAUUCGUCUGUAUCGCCGCGAGAACUCCCAAAAAUGGCGCGAUCUGGGUAACUCAAGAAUCAAUGUGUUCAAGCCGUUAGAGGGACAGAGGGGCCUAGGAAUCAAAGAGGACGACAAGCGUGUGGUCAUCACCAGCAAGAAGGGCGACAAGGUCCAUCUAGACGUUGUCCUUGGCGAGUCUGCAUUCGAGAGAGUCGCCAGGACCGGCAUUGCCAUUAGUAUUCUUGUCGGAGAGGGCGAGGCGGACGGCACUGGCAAGCCUGGACAUGUUGGUGGAAUCGGAGCCAAGAGCACGGUUUACAUGAUGCAGGCACGUUUCCCUUGUGCUAGUAUGAAAGGAGAGGCGGAAGCUGCUUACAGCUUCUCUAUCCUCGGAAAAUUGCGCUAUUAA